AUGUUUUCAUCAUCUGUCUCAGAACGUACCGUUUUGGUCCUUAUCUUGGCCGUAGUAGCCGCCAUACAACUCUUCUUUAUACACAGUGUUGCGUCUGUAAACGAGACCAAUGCGUAUUUAUACCACAAAUGCUUAGAGAAGGAUGGGAAAUAUAAGUCAAAGAGUCUUUACGAGAAAAACCUCAACAGUCUCAUCUCUAACACAUCUGUAGAAGAUUACAUCUAUGGCGUCUAUGGUUAUAGUCCUGAUACUGUCUACAUGGUUAUCCAAUGUCGUGGUGACUCUUACGGCCCCAAGUGUGAUACAUGCCUGUCCACUGCUUACUCUGAGCUCCGUAAAAGAUGUCCUAUGAACAAGGGGGCAAUCGUAUGGUUUGACCGAUGUCUUCUCAGGAUUUCUCCGACCACUUUCAUAAACGAGAUGGAUCUCAAGAACAAGUUCUAUAUGUACAACAGGAAGAAAGCGAGAGAUCCGGCGUCGUUUAACGCUAAGACAAAGACUUUUCUCACCAAGCUAACAAAGGAAGCCACUCGUAAAGGUUCGGAGAGGUCUCCUGCACAGGAGUAUUACGAGCCUGGGGAUAUGAAGCUUGACGGGAAGAUGAAGCUGUACGGAAUGGUGCAGUGCACGCGACUCAUAUGGAACACAGAUUGUACGAAAUGUUUGGAUACGAUUAUUGGGGAGAUUCCUAGUUGUUGUGAUGGUAAAGAAGGAGGAAGAGUAGUGAGUGGGAGUUGUAACUUUAGGUAUGAGAUUUACCCUUUUCUUGACACUAAAAGAUGAGAGCUCCAUGUUUUUUUGUGUGUGCUCUCCUUCACUGGGAUGCUUUAACAUGUUUGUACCAAGAGAGAAUAUUUAGUUAUUUAUUUACAUGUUCUUGCU